GACGGGAUGAAGACGCAAGAGGGGAAGAUCAUCAACCAGGGCCUGGAGGACGAGAUGGAGGUGUGGGGGUACCGGCCCUGUCUGUGGAAGAUGGUCCUGGUGGGUGUUGGUGCAGUUUGCUCCGGCGGUCUCCUGCUGCUGCUGCUCUACUGGCUGCCUGAGUGGGGCGUCAAGGGCACCUGCACGCCCACCUCUCUGAGGGACGCUCAGACGCUGCUGCUCAGGACGACGGAUGAGUUCAAACAGUGGUUUCGGGCCAAAGUACAUGUGAUGUUGGCUCCCGGGAAGAAGCCCUUUGAUGAUUUGGGUUUGCUGUCCAAAGCCCAGCUGCCAAAUGGAGACGGCGACCACAUUCCCAGCGCUGCGCAUGCAGAGCAUCGUGGGAAGUUUCCUCACAGGGAACCUGCUCAGGUCCAGUACUUUGUCCACCACAGCACCAAAUACUACUGGAGUGAUGUGAUGCAGAACUUUGAAGUGUACAAAGGCCUGGAGGAUGUAAAGGUGACCUGUGCAGGCAUCCACGCCGAGCACAUCUCUGGGCUUUCUAAAGCGCUGCAGGACUACAGGAGGUUGUUUUUCGGGGAGAACGAGAUCGCCGUGAUAGUGCCCUCUUUGUUCAAGCUGCUCAUACAGGAGGUCUUGAACCCCUUCUACAUCUUCCAGCUCUUCAGUGUUAUUCUGUGGAGUACGGAUUCCUACUACUAUUACGCAUCAGCCAUAGUCCUCAUGUCCGUCAUUUCAAUCGCCGCCACGUUGUACACGGUUAAAAAGCAAUACGUGAUGCUGCACGACAUGGUGGCGGCGCACAGCGUGGUCCGUGUGUCGGUGUGCAGAGGAAACGAAGAUAUCGAACAGGCCAUGUCGACAGAGCUUGUGCCUGGUGAUGUCAUCGUCAUCCCGGCCAACGGGAUGAUCAUGCCGUGCGACGCCGUGCUCUUCCACGGGACCUGCAUCGUAAACGAGAGCAUGCUGACAGGAGAGAGCGUGCCAGUCACCAAAACCAGUCUUCCCAGCUCAGACAGUGAGGCCGACAGGACCUACGAUAUCGAGGAACACAAGAAACACACCCUGUUCUGUGGCACCCACGUCAUCCAGACCCGCUUCUACGCCGGUGAACUCGUGAAGGCUGUUGUGGUCCGAACAGGCUUCAGUACAGAGAAAGGCCAGCUGGUGCGCUCCAUCCUCUACCCCAAACCCACAGACUUCAAGCUGUACCGCGAUGCGUACCUGUUCCUGUUGUGUCUGGUUGGAGUUGCAGGGAUCGGCUUCAUCUACACCAUCAUCCUCAGUGUCAUCAACGAGGUUCCAGCCAAUACGAUCGUCAUUGAAUCUCUGGACAUCAUCACCAUCACCGUGCCGCCGGCCUUACCGGCAGCCAUGACGGCUGGUAUCGUGUUCGCGCAGCGGCGCCUGAAGCGAAUUGGCAUCUUCUGCAUCAGCCCCCAGAGGAUCAACAUGUGUGGGCAAAUCAACGUGGUUUGCUUUGACAAGACAGGGACGCUCACCGAGGACGGGUUGGACCUGUGGGGCAUUCAGAGAGCUGAAGGCGACAGCUUUUGUCCACCAGAGUUGGAGGCGGCUAAAGCAGGUCUGGUGAACUCUGCGUUUGUGGCCUGCAUGGCGACCUGCCACUCGCUGACCAAGAUAGAAGGGGAGCUGUCUGGAGACCCGCUGGACCUCAAGAUGUUCAGUGCUACAGACUGGGUUCUAGAAGAGCCCACAGAAGAAGAGACUGCCCUCCACAACCCCAUCAUGCCCACAGUCGUACGACCGCCGAAGAACCUCCUCCCUGAAGCCAACCGGAGCAAUCCACUGACUCAGAACGCGGAGCUUUCUGAGUUACCAUCGUGCGAGAUCGGUAUCGUCCGUCAGUUCCCCUUCUCGUCGGAUCUGCAGAGGAUGAGCGUGGUGGUCCGGAGGCUGGGGGAGAAGCACAUGGAGGCGUUUCUGAAGGGGGCGCCGGAGGUCGUGGCCGGUCUCUGCAAGCAGCACACAGUCCCGCAGAGUUUUACAGAAACUCUGGAGACCUACACCCGGCAGGGCUUCAGGGUCAUCGCCCUGGCACACCGGCAGCUGGAGUCCAAACUCUCCUGGCACAAAGUCCAGAACCUCAGCAGGGACGUGCUGGAGACCAACAUGGAGUUCCUCGGCCUGAUCAUCAUGCAGAACAAAAUCAAAGAGGAGACCGCAGGCGUUCUGUGUGACUUACGGAAGGCCGACAUCCGCACCCUGAUGGUCACAGGCGACAACAUGCUGACGGCAAUAUCGGUGGCUCGGGACUGUGGGAUGGUUCGUCCGCACGAGAAGGUCAUCAUCGCGGACGCUCAGCCUCCCAAAGACUUCCACCCUGCCAGCAUCACGUGGCAUUACACCGAGGAGCCUGCUCAGAGUGCCAAAGACAACCAGACCGUGGAGAUCAACCUGGAGGAAGGAAUGUUUGAAGAUCGAAUUUCUCAACAAGGUUAUCACUUCGCUGUGAGUGGAAGAGCCUUCGCUGUGAUCACGGAGCACUUUCCUCAGCUGGUCCAGAAGCUCGCUCUGAAAGCCACUGUGUUUGCUCGAAUGGCUCCGGACCAGAAGACUCAGCUGGUGGAGGUCCUGCAGGGCAUGGACUACACCGUCGGGAUGUGUGGCGACGGUGCGAAUGACUGUGGAGCCCUGAAGAGAGCUCACAGCGGGAUUUCUCUGUCUGAGCUGGAGGCCUCGGUGGCUUCACCCUUCACCUCGUCCACCUCGAACAUCUCCUGCGUCCCCAACCUCAUCAGGGAGGGCCGAGCCGCCCUCAUAACGUCGUUCUGCGUGUUCAAGUUCAUGGCGCUCUACAGCAUCAUCCAGUACCUCAGUGUCACGCUGCUCUACUCGGUUCUCAGCAAUCUGGGAGACUUCCAGUUCCUCUUUAUCGACAUCGCCAUCAUCCUCAUCAACGUCUUUACAAUGAGUCUGAACCCAGCGUGGAAGGAGCUGGUGUUGCGUCGCCCGCCGUCCAGCCUGAUCUCCGGCCCGCUGCUCUUUUCGGUUCUGACCCAGAUCCUCACCUGCCUGGUCUUCCAGGUGCUGGCUUUCCUCCUGGUGCAGCAGCAGAGCUGGUACGAGAAGUGGACGCCUCAGUCGGACGCCUGCAACAUUUCCACCUCCAACCACUCGUACAGCGUCAACGAGACAAUGCACGUCGACCAUAAGAACAUCAAGAACUACGAGAACACCACGCUCUUCUACGUCUCGUCCUUCCAGUAUUUGGCUGUGGCCGUCAUCUUCUCCAAGGGGAAGCCCUUCAGACAGCCGAGCUACAAAAACUGGCCGUUCAUGCUGUACUGCGCGGUCCUGUAUUUCUUUCUCCUCCUCAUCAUGCUGCAUCCGUUUCCCGCCAUCGACAACUUCCUGGAGAUCGUGUGCGUUCCUUCUGACUGGCGCGUCACUCUGGUCGUCAUCAUCUUGGUGAACACGGCCGUGUCUUUCCUGCUGGAGCCGUCCAUCGACCGCUGGGGCAGGCCCUUCCUCCUCUGGCUGUUCUGUCGGAAGAACAAGCCGCCCAGGGUGCAGUACAAGCAUCUGGCUCUGGAGCUGCUGGAGGACGCCGACUGGCCUCCCAAACCCUCCACCAUCACCUACGACGAGUCCCGCCUCCCUGACCCUCACAUGACUGCUGACCGAAACCCAGCACAGACUGAACCUGGAGCUCCCAGUGAGCCUGACUUAGAAUCUGAAGUGACUGGUGAUGCUGAUUCCUGCUGGCCAGCCUUCGUAGCGAGGAGGCCUCCUACUGUACCGAUCGACUGACACUGUGAACUUUUCAAUCUUCCAUUUUUGAUUCGCUUCAUCAACACUCCCUGCAGUUGGAUUUUAGCCGUACUGUUUGGUCACGCUGCUGAAACUUGAGCCACAGGAUUGUUGAAGGUGUAGCUUAGCGCUGUGGAACAUGCAGUUAUCGUUGAAAGUUAGAUGCUAAAAUUGGUUGAUUUAACUCAGCACCAGGACUCGCUGGACAAAGAGGGAACCGGCUAGCCUGGCUCCAUGCAAAGAGUUGCUUUGGUUGAAAUUCUUCCCGUGGAAGAGAAAAAAGCAGAAAUGACUGCGUCCCUUUAAAACAAACAAAAACUGUGUGAAAGUGAAGAGCGUCAGAAUGAACCACUUCAUCGUCCCUCGAAUGCAUCGGAGGUAGUUUGUGCUCUGUUUCUCAAAUCAUGACUGUGUUUAUGAGCUAAAACUUUGCAUUAAUUCAACCAUUUAACCUGAAUGAGGCGUAACAGAUGUUUUGAUUAAUGAAUUAAUGCCUUUAAACGAAUCACUGAGACACUUGCUGCUGUGAAGAUUUUAUAACAGUUGAUUUUUUAACGUCAGAUUUUUUAGAUAUUUUUGCGUAACUUUGUCUAUUGCUGUUGUGUACAUUUUUUUAUAGUCAGUUUGACAAAAUUAAAAUAUGAAUCGUGUAUUACUGCUAAUUAUAACGAUGUUUUUAACUGUUAAUUCACUUUCUUGUUUCUACAAUGUGAGAAAAACAACAACAUGUUUCAGUGCGUCUACAGAUAUCCCGGUGUUUGCUCUGCAGAACUUCCAUCACGUUUCCCAAUAAAUCUGUGUAUUAAGCCA